UGACUUCUGAGACUGAAAGUCCCCCACCACUACUGACCUUUUGAAAUGGAAAUGGGAAAAUCAGAGGGAGACAUUUCCCUCGUACUUCGGGCACUUUCUCUCUCUAGGGUCCUCAUUCUCUCUCGACAACUUCUUCUCUCUAACCUCGACCUUCUCCACAUACGAUUUUCUCGCUCGAAUGCUCAAUUUUGCUCUCCAUUGCCGAGCUUAAACCUUAAAAAGAUGCCCAAUCUGCCAAAAUACCAUUAACCAUGGCUAACUGCUCUGUUCUUGGUGGAUGCCCAAGCGAUUACAUAGCCAUUGCCAUUUCCAUCCUCUGCAUGAUCCUGCUUUUUGCACGAGCUGCUUUUCCUUAUGCAGUUCACAAGCCUCCUAAGUUGAUAGGAAGCAACUUCAUACUUUUGUUUGUCCAAAUCCUUGCCAGCUUCUGUCUUCUAUUGUCCUUAGUGAUGUCUGUACAAUUUUUUAAAUUCAAGCGAAAGCAUCCAUGGCAAUCGUGCUAUAUUUGGGCAGUCUGGGGUGAGGGUCCCUGUGGAUUUGGCUUGUUGCUGAGCUGCCGCAUUUUACAGGCUUACCACUUAUACUAUCUGUUUGUAAAGAGGCGUCUACCACCAUUGAAUUCACGUAUCUUACUUCCAUUGAUCCUCUUGCCAUGGAUUGCUGCUGCUGCCUUUAUUCAUCAAAAGAGACCUCUCAAUCCACGAUGCCAUAUGCAUAGUCGUUGGGUAAUACCUAUAGGGUUGCUUCAUGUGUUAUAUGUUUCUGCAAUGGUGGGCUUUACCUGGGCUGUUCGGCAUGUUGAGUUCAGGUUUCAUGAAUUUAGAGCUCUCUUGCGGGGAAUCAUUGUAUCUUCCACAGCUGUAGCAUUGACCUUAGUUCAUCCACUACCAAACUGCAGAUCUAGGCACCUGGAGCACCGCUCUUGUGAGGAAUUUGGACUGCUGCUUACAUUGCUAAUGAGCUUCAUGAAGGCAAGCAUUAUGGUUCUUGCUUUCUUCUCUUUGUCAAUAUCUCAACCUCUUCUAUCCCAAAUGAGCUUGAGAAAAAAGGAGCCACAAGACUUUGGGAUCAUGGGUAGGGCUUUGGGAAUACCAGCUAGUGGACUACUCUUACCAACAGGAACAACAAUGGACAUAGAUUUGAAAGAACCCAUUGAUAGACUUCUCAUGAAUAAAAGAUUCCGGAACUCUUUUAUGGCAUUUGCUGACAGUUGUAUGGCUGGGGAAAGCAUUCAUUUCUAUGACGAGGUGCAUGAACUUGGUAAGAUACCUGUUGGGGAUACUAUCACAAGGAUCUACAUGGCACGGCAUAUUAUUGAACACUACAUAGUUAAUGGUUCCGCUAUGGAGGUUAACAUAUCUCACAAGACCCGUCAGGAAAUCCUGGGUACAACCGAUCUAGCUCAUCCCGAUCUCUUUAACCAUGCUAUCAGCGAGUUGAUGCAGCUUAUAAAAAUGAACUUAGAGAGAGAUUAUUGGUCAUCAACAUUCUUCUUCAAGUUCAAAGAGGAGACCAAAAGCCAAGCAGAAAGGAAUGAUCUUAUGGAAUGUUCGAUUGGGUGGGAUUACUCUCCAAGGCUAAGUGCAGUUCAUGGUGCAGAUGACCCCUUUCAUCAUGAUCCGCUCAACAAGAGCUCAUCGGAUAGAGGUGAUUUUUCAUUUCAGAGUGAAUCGGCAGGAAGCACGCAGGACUUCCCUGCUAUAUCUUUAGUUGGUUUUGAUGGCUUGUCAAGAUGAUCCUAAAUAUGUGCCAUAUCAGGUCAUGAAUUAAUCUGCUCCAUAGAACAGCCAAUGUCAACAUAGUCGAUUAAAAAAGAAAAUGACCCUUUGAAGGGAGCUGGGGGGUAAUAUAGUUCUUGUUUUGCUCUUU